CCAACUCUUGUAUUCGAAUUCCCUCCACCUUCAAUAAUCUUUAUCUUAUCAAACUAGGAACACUUUAGUCCAGACUACACAGGUUUGUUUUAUCUCCAUGGAUUUCCAUAUCCUUGAUUUACUAGCUUUAAUCUCCUUUUUCCUCUUCAUGCUUAUGGCACUGAGAAUAGUGAGGAAUCUGAAGACAACAACAUACUUUACGCCAAAUAUACCCCCUGGGCCAUGGAAGCUACCUAUUAUAGGAAACCUACCCCAUCUUGUUACAUCUACACCACACCGAAAAUUAAGAGACUUGGCCAAAAUAUAUGGACCCUUGAUGCAUCUACAACUUGGGGAGGUCUUCACCAUAGUUGUUUCCUCACCAGAAUAUGCUAAAGAGGUAAUGAAAACCCAUGAUCUUGUGUUUGCAUCAAGGCCUAAAAUUCUAGCAGCAAAAAUAAUUGCUUAUGAUUGCACAAAUAUAUCUUUUGCACCUUAUGGACACUAUUGGAGACAGCUACGAAAAAUUUGCACUUUAGAGCUUUUCACCCCAAAACGUCUCAAUUCGUUCAAGCCAAUAAGAGAAGAAGAGCUCACCAAUCUCAUCAAAAGGAUAGCAUCAGAGAAAGGACCACCCUUCAAUCUCACUCAGGCACUGCUCUCAUCAACAUAUGCAAUCAUUUCAAGGGCUGCGUUUGGCAAGAAGUGCAAAGAGCAAGAAGAGUUCUUAUCUGUGGUGAAAGAAGUAUUAAAGGUUGCUGGAGGUUUCGAAAUAGGAGAUUUAUUUCCUUCUGCUACAUGGCUUCAACUUGUCACUGGUUUGAGACCUAAGCUUGAGAGGCUUCAUCAUAAAAUGGAUCAGAUAUUGGAAAACAUCAUUAAUGAACAUAAGGAGGCAAAAUCAAAAUCCAAACAUGCCCAAGGUAAAGGAGAGGAAGAUCUAGUAGAUAUUCUCCUAAAAUUUGAAGAUGACUGUGAUGGCAAUCAAGAUAUUUGCUUAACUAAUAACAACAUCAAGGCUAUAAUUGAGAAUAUCUUUGCUGCUGGAGGUGAGACAUCAGCAACUACCAUAGAUUGGACAAUGGCAGAGUUGGUGAGAGAUCCAAGGGUGAUGAAGAGAGCACAAGAUGAAGUGAGAGAGGUAUUCAAUAAGAAUGGAAGGGUUGAUGAAACUUGCAUCAAUGAAAUGAAAUAUUUGAAAUUAGUUGUUAAAGAGACUUUGAGGUUACAUCCUCCAGCUCCUCUUUUACUUCCAAGGGAAUGUGGACAAGCAUGUGAGAUUCAUGGGUAUGACAUACCAAUCAAAAGUAAGAUAAUUAUCAAUGCUUGGGCAAUUGGAAGAGAUCCAAAAUAUUGGACUGAACCAGAGAGGUUUUAUCCAGAGAGAUUCAUUCAUAGCUCUAUAGACUACAAAGGAAGUAGUUUUGAGUACAUUCCAUUUGGUGCUGGAAGAAGAGUAUGUCCAGGUAGCACAUUUGGUUUGCUAAAUGUUGAGCUGGCACUUGCAUUGUUGUUGCACCAUUUUGAUUGGAAGCUUCCCAAUGGAAUGAAAAAUGAGGACUUGGACAUGACUGAGCAAUUUGGGUUGACUGUUAGAAGAAAAGAUGACCUGUAUUUGAUUCCUGCAGCUUCUUCUCGUGUGCUUGCAAUAUAAUGCUCUCAACUCAAGCCAUAGAACCUUGGAAUUUGGCGUUUCCCAUUUUCUCUUUAAAUAAGGCUUUUGAAGUUGGACAAAACUUGGCUAUUGUUAUUUGGCCACGGCCAGUACUCUUUACUAAUUAAAAUUAUAAUUUUAUUAAUAAAAUAUGUAUAUUUAAUGUUAUUGCAUAUUCAUAAUGUAAAUUUUAACUUAAUUAACUUUGUAUUUUUAGUCAUAUAAUUUAGAUUUUGAGUU